CGAGGGUCCGGCGGAGGUGGAGGCGGCGGUGGCGGCUGCUACUGCGGCCUUGUCGGGUCGGUCCGGGGUCGCUCAGCUGCGGGCGCGGUCAUGCUGCAGCUGCGGGACUCGGUGGACUCGGCGGGCACGAGCCCCACAGCGCUGCUGGCGGCCGGCGAGGAGGUCGGGCCGGGUAGUGGCGGCGGCGGCGGUGGCGGGGGGCGUCCGGGGGUGGGCACCCCGCUGCGGCAGACGCUGUGGCCGCUCAGCGUCCACGACCCCACGCGCCGCGCCCGCGUCAAGGAGUAUUUCGUGUUCCGGCCCGGCACCAUCGAGCAGGCGGUGGAGGAGAUCCGCGUAGUGGUCCGGCCGGUGGAGGACGGAGACAUCCAGGGGGUGUGGCUGCUGACCGAGGUUGAUCACUGGAACAACGAAAAGGAGCGACUGGUACUCAUCACCGACCAGGCGCUCCUUAUCUGCAAAUACGACUUCAUCAGCCUGCAGUGCCAGCAGGUGGUCAGGGUGGCCUUAAACGCGGUGGACACCAUCUCCUACGGAGAAUUCCAGUUUCCCCCGAAAUCUCUCAACAAACGAGAAGGCUUUGGGAUUCGCAUCCAGUGGGACAAGCAGAGCCGCCCAUCCUUCAUCAGCAGAUGGAACCCGUGGUCCACUAGCGUGCCGUACACCACAUUCAUAGAACACCCGAUGGCCGGUGUGGAUGAGAAGACAGCCUCUCUGUGCCAAUUGGAUGGUUUCAAGGCUCUGUUAAUCCAAGCUGUCAAGAAAGCCCAGAAGGAGAGUCCUUUGCCAGGCCAGGAGGGCGGCGUGCUGGUCCUGGAGUGUCCACUCCUCAUUGAGACCUACGUGGGGCUCAUGUCCUUCAUCAACAAUGAGGCCAAGCUGGGCUACUCCAUGACUAGAGGCAAGAUCGGCUUCUAGAUGCUGCACAUGGGGCUCUUGCCAGGAGAGGCGACCAGCAGGACUCUGGGAGUGACAGACCUUGGUCCAGCUCCACUUCUGCUGGCAGGGUCCAUGCCCCCUACCUUCAGGGACCUGGGCACCACAAGUGCAGUCAGGUGGACCGAAUACUGUAGCUGGAUACUGAACAGAUGAUCACGUGAGCUCCAGACACAGCAGAGGGAACCUGUCAGCAUCCUGGCCAGGAUCUCAGUCUCCGAGUCCCCUGUGUCUCCAUUCGCCUCCCUGUGGUCCCUCCCUACACGCCCUGGAGCAUGUUAACAAUAAACGUCGCGUGAUUAGCCGCGUAGUUCGCUCCAUCCGGGGAUGUGCCUGGGACCCAGCGCCCGUGGUUUCAAGUCUGGGUACAGUUGGUGUCCAAUUUUGCAUUUUGAGAUUUAAUCCAUCUUCUUAAAGUUAAUAUGGAAGAAGCCAGCAGACCACCAGCUCAGCGAAAGUUGGCCUGCCUUGUCAGCUCCUAAAUGGACUGUUGCUUUUGUGGAAAUGCGUGUUUGACCUAAAGUCACACUUCUCCUAAAAUUUAUCUAUAGUGUGUGAAUAAUACUGAUGUCUUCUCAGGCCUACUCAAAAAGCUUCCCAGAAAAUCAUUUUAAGACAAGUCAUUCGUUUGAGAAAGCCACAUUGGUAAGUUCUUUGUACAUGAUGUUGACAUCUCUGUUAGGUUUGUCCUGUCAUGGCAUAUUUUAAAAAGGAAUUGCUUAAUUUGCCUUUAAGGAAGCGCUUUCAGAAAGGAACCACAUUAGAGUCUCCUGAAGCAGCCCGCCCCACCUCAGUUCCUACUGCUCUGUGCAGACCCCAGCCCAUGGGCAGUCAUCGCUCACCGCCCCUGCCCAUCCACAGCGGUCUGCCUGCUGGCUCCCAGGUUCCUUCCUCCUCACUGCCCAGGCUGGCAGAGCUGUAGUCAGCAUGGAUGUGAUGAUCCUGAUGCAGGGGCCUGUCCACAUUGAAAGGUUUCCUUACAACUCUGCCUGGGUCUUUAGCUUUUGCUUUUGGUCUUCUAGUAAAGACGCUUAGGAUUCA